GUCAAGAGUCCAGACCGUGCAAUUUUAUCAUAUCCACACAUACAUAGCCAACAAACCCAGCUAGAGCUAUGUCGUCCAUCACCGUCCAGCCACCUAAAUGUCUCCAGAAAACCUUCGUGGCUCCGCGGAGACACAUGUUUGGGCCCGGACCGUCCAAUGUUCCUCCCCGCAUCUUAGCGGCAGGCGCCGAGCCCAUCAUCGGUCACAUGCAUCCAGAAAUGCUCGAGAUCAUGAGUGACAUCAAGAGUGGGAUCCAAUAUGCCUUCCAGACUCAGAACAACAUGACAAUAGCAGUGAGUGGCACAGGACACACAGCCAUGGAGUGUGCCAUCUUCAACGCUGUGGAGCCAGGGGAAGGGGUUCUCACUGCGGUCAAUGGGAUCUGGGGAGAACGGGCAGCAGAGAUGGCAGAGAGGAUAGGUGCCAGAGUUAAUUCCAUUGUGACAACUGCAGGGGGGUAUUUCACCAGUGAAGAGAUUGAUCGGGCCCUGGCCAAACACAAGCCUGUGCUGUUCUUCCUAACCCACGGAGAAUCUUCCACAGGAGUAGUCCAUCCACUAGAUGGCAUUGGAGACAUAUGUCACAAGCACAACUGUCUGUUUCUCGUUGACUGUGUGGCUUCAAUGGGAGGUGCCCCACUUCACAUGGACAAACAAGGUAUCGACAUCCUGUACUCUGGCUCACAGAAGGUUCUAAAUGCGCCACCUGGGACCGCUCCCAUUUCCUUCAGUGAAAGAGCUUGUCAGAAAGUAUUCAAUCGGAAAACAAAGCCAGUGUCGUUCUUCCUGGACAUGACCUGGCUGGCAAACUACUGGGGUUGUGACGGCAAACCUGCUAGAAUAUACCACCACACUGCGCCUGUGUCUGCCUUCUACUCUCUCCGGGAGAGUCUGGCUAUCCUCGCUGAACAGGGUCUGGAGAACUCCUGGCGAAGACACAAGGAAGUAGCAGAAUACUUCCAUGAAGGCCUGGAGAACAUGGGCCUCAAACUGUUUGUGAAAGACAAGAACGCCAGGUUGCCCACGGUCACUACUAUAGUAGCACCCCCUGGAUAUGACUGGAAGGAGAUCACCAGCUACAUCAUGAAGAAUCACAACCUAGAGAUCUCUGGAGGACUGGGACCAUCCGUUGGCCAGGUGCUGCGUGUGGGACUGAUGGGGGGCAACAGCAGCAAGGCCAGUGUCGACAUGGUGCUGGAGGCCCUGAGAGAUGCUCUCAGAUACUGUCAUAAAAGCAAAGUAUAACAUGGCUCAAACGCUUUCAUAAUAGCAAGGUCAAAGUCUGGAUCAACAUUGUAAACAUUGUCUCAUUGUCUCUGGCAAGGUCAAACAUGGCUAAAACACUGCCAUAAGAACAAAUUAUAACAUGGCUGUCUGGAAGUCAGUUUAAAGUCAGCUUUGAUAUCAGGGAAGAACAAUUAAUGGAAUGGAAACUUCUAAUAUGUUGAAUAAAAUAAAUAAAUAAUUUUAAAAAACAA